GAGCCAUGUGCCCCACACUCCUCAGCCUCCUGAGUCUCGGAUUCUGUGUGAGUCUGAGGAUCUGGGCAGCUGUGGGUGAAUAUGACAAGCCCUCUUUGUCAGCCUGGCCAAGCCCCGUGGUUGCCUUAGGACAGACUGUGACUCUUCGGUGUCUCUCUGAUUCUCCAUUUAAGAUAUUCAGACUGUACAAAAGAGACAGGACCAGUUUGUCGAAGACCCAGGGAUAUCAUUUCAAGCCCUUCACCAUUGGCCCAGUGACCAGAGAACAUGCUGGGUCCUACACGUGUUCUGGAGCGUACUCGUCCACACACAGUGAGCCCCUGCAGAUUGUGGUCACAGGUGUGUUCACAAAACCCGCCAUCUCAGCCCACCCAGGCCCCCUCGUGUGGGCAGGAGGGAAAGUGACCCUUCGCUGUCAUUCACCGCUGUUGUUUGACAAGUUUAUCCUGCACCAGGAAAACAGCAUAGGGCAUUUCCAGACACGUGGAGAGACGUUCACUGGCGGGCAUGCUUCAGCUGACUUCUCCAUUGGCCCCAUGACCUUAGGGAGUGCGGGCACCUACCGAUGCUACGGCUCUCUCAGUCGUUCCCCCUAUGAGUGGUCAGCCCCCAGCGACCCCGUGGACAUCGUCAUCACAGGUCUGUCCAAGAAACCCUCUCUCUCAGCCCAGGGGGGCCCCGUGGUGAGGUCAGGAGAGAACGUGACCUUGCUCUGCAGCUCCGAGCGCACCUUUGACCAGUUCCAUCUGCUCAGGGAGGGGGAGAACCUUGGGCAUCCGCUCGCUGCAGGGCGGGGCCCCCAUGGAGCACUCCAGGCCGAGUUCCCUCUGGGUCCUGGGACCCCAGCCCACAGCGGAGUCUACAGGUGCUACGGCUCCUUCACUCGCUCUCCCUACGCGUGGUCAGACGCCAGCGACCCCCUGCUCCUGUCUGUCACAGGAUCCACUACAACUACUUACCCAUCAACUAUGGACCCACACACCACAGAAGAAGCAGGGCUUCCUCAAGAGCACUCCAGCAUGCUGUAUGUUGUCCUUGGGCUUGUCAUAGCCUCCACCUCUACCAGCUUCCUCUUCGCUGCUCUUGUCUGUCACUGGUGUUCUACCCAAAAUCAUGUUGCCAUCAUGGAAGGAGAGCCCAGGGAAGACAGAAGAGUGAACAGUGAGGACUCUCCAGCAGAAGACGUGAUAUAUGCUCACUUGGACCUCGGGACCCUCUCUGAGAGAUGGUUCACUCCCAUUCCCCUGAAGCCCAUGCACCCCUCUGCUGAGCCCAGUAUCUAUGAGGAAUUCAAUGUAAACCAAGACCAUGCUGGCUCCUGACCUGGCCCCAUCCUCUGAGCACACAGUGUUACAAAUCGAGGACCUUGAUCUCUUGUUAAAGGGGUUCCUCAUGGACACUUCUCCUCCAAAGCAGCCCAGCAGCUCUGAGGUGAGGAGUGGAGUCUAGAAUUAUAGUAUCAUCUUCAAAAAUCCCACCACCUCUUAAUAAUCGCCUGGCUAUUCUAGGACUCUAUUGUAACUAUCUCACUGUUUGGGGGAGAUGCUAUAAUCAAUCUCACAUACUAGGUAGCUUAUCAUGAUCACCCUACUUUUUCUAAAAUUCCAAUAAAGCAUAAAAAAUUU